CGCGCCGCCAUGGAAGAGGACCCAGAGCUAGAGAGGCUGUGGAAGAGUUACUUAAAGAGGCAAAACGUGGGAGAACCAGAGCUGAAACAAUGGGAGCUAUGGGUUGGUGUGUUUCAUGAGGACUUCUGGGAUUUCCUCAGCCCUUUGUCAGAGGAGUCCUGGAGAAGAGAUGCACAAACCCUGGAGACAUCUAGUGUAAGGCCAUCAAUCCUGCAUUGGCACUGGAUAGUUGAAGCAACUCGGCCUAUGAAGAAAAGAUUUGUUCUGCCAUCUGUCUUUGGGUUGAAAUGUCCUCUUGCUGGUACAAAUAAAAGAUUUCUUAUUAAUACCAUCAAAAACACGUUACCAUCUCAAAAAGAACAAGACCAAGAACGUGAGCAAAAGGAAGACAGUAAGGAGCCUGAGCCAAACAAAAGCAGGAAAGAAGAAAAAACAAAGAAACGCAGAAAUCACCCAUAUACACCCAGCUUUCAGUCCAGAAGGAGAGUCAGCUGCUCUCCUCCAAGGCAUCGAAACAGGAACCAGCACACAAAGGAUAAGCAUGAAAAGCAAUCAAGCAAACGAUGAGGAGAGUAACAAAUAUGUGUUGUUAUAAGCCAGGAAUGUCACUCAGUGUUGGACUGCAGGGAUAUCUCAGUUUUUCAGGAAAAGAUGCUGUUCAAAAUUGAAUUUUGAACCAACUUGCUUGUGUGAGAAGUAACUUUGAGGUAGCUUUAGAAACCUUUUCUUUUGGACCUUUAAGAGAGAAGCCAAGUGCAGCAUAAAUCUUUCAGUCGUUUUAGAACAGACAUUCCUUUCCUUUUGCUCCAUUCCUCUCCUCUUCUGACUAAGCUUAGGGUCUUGGUGAUGGAGUGUGAUACGUGUGUCACUAUCCAAUACAACUCGUUUAGUCACGUCACUCUUUUGGAAAUAAAUUUAAAUUAAGCAGAAAUUUAUUUAUUGUGUAAAGUUGGCAGAACUUCUUUGCUGCUAACCAAUGAAGAAGUUUUGCGUGUUUGGGUUAGAUUAGUUUUACAAAAUUUAGAAGGGAAAGCUGGUCAGUGCCUGGCCAAGCAUGUGCAUUUUGUAUAGAAUAUAAGAGUUUGCUUUCUUUAGUAUAAAAGGAACAAAUUUAAAAUGGGCAACGCUGGUUUUGCUUUCCAGGAGGAACUACCAGGAAAUACUGGGUUUGCUUGUUAUUGUAUAUUCACAAACCUGUCAUAGAUAAUAAUAAACAUUACCGCUAAAAAGCCAUAACUGCAAUAAUUGUCUCUGUUUAGACUUCCCUCUGUAAGGAAGUAGUUUGAACAGUCUGUUGUCAUGGUGCUUUCAAAACAAACCUUGAAGACAAAAUUAUCGUGUUCUCUGUCCACUGCUAGGAAGUUUCCAAGUAGAUGUGUAAUACUAGAAAUGCAGAGGUGGUAUGUAAAAUCAGUCAAAUGCUCACUUUCCAAGCCUGUGUGACAAUUCUGUAGUGGUACAGUUCUUAAACUUGUGACUUGGAGCACAUAUAAUACACAUCGGCAUCUUCUACAUCUCACUUCUGUUUGUGUUGCAAUAACAAACUUCUGUGUGAAAUAUUUUGUAUUUCGGUAUUCUCAAAAAUAAUUGUUUUGAACAUAGGUUUCCGUUUUUAAGUGUGUUGACAAUAAAAUCGAAAAUGUUCAUAAAAAAGUGCUUUGUGAAAUUAAUACUUUUAAUGGGUUUCUUAACUGACAUGGGCCUCUCUCCUCUAAGGGAAAGGAGGACCAGCGCUUCAUGGUCCUUCAAUAUUGUGUCAGGGCAAGAGUGCCACCUAUAGGCGUAUCUAUACCUCGUCUUGCUAUACUUGCCUGUCUCUUGGAAAUUUCAUGUUAGCUAGGAGAUGGGGAGACCCAAAGUGGAGAUCUGCUGCGGCUGAAUUUUGAUGCAUGAGCUGGGAAUUACUCUUCUGAGUAAUGGGAAGGUAGUUAAGCAGGCAUUGAGCCCACUGGUGGCUGCCAGGGUCAACGUAUCCAACAAAUGGGAUACUUUUACAUUUCCACUGAGGAGUUGUGGAUAGUUUCUCUAUUUCCCUGCAGGAACCAUAGCACUAGAAUAGAAGUCCCCGCCUUUCAGAAAAUUUCCAACGAUUUAAGUGGGAUCAAUGAAAAAGUAGUAUCUUUGGAGAAUGUAGGACUAUCUUUGGUUUAAAUAGAUGUUGUUUGCAGUUCUUAUUUUGCUGGACACUGGUGUGUUCUCCUUAAUAAUCCUUUUUGGAAGGACAGCAUCUAUAAUACCAGCUGGGCUCUGCUGCAGUGACGGUGCUGGAUGGAUGUGGCUUUGCAGCAGAACAUUCAUCUCGCCGUUGGUCAGGAUUGGGGCUGGAGAUGUUCCACAGAACAAAUCCCCAUGAAUUCUUGCUGGUCUGGCUUGUGAUGACAAUACGGUGUCCUGAGAGCUUUCCACACUCAGGCCUUCAAACAUUCCUUUAGGAUAAGUGCUGUUGUUGAUUCUACAUUAAUUGAAGCCAGGCUUUCAGGUAGGGGAAGUGAUUAGAGUAUGCUUUCAAAAUUAGUCUGGGUUGUUGAUACGGAGCGCUUCUGUACUAGAAAUGUUCAACUAGAGGAUCUGACAUGACCUAAACCAGAUAGCUGGAGAAAGCCUGUCUUCAUCGGUGGUGGUAUAUUCAGAUCUAAUUCCACUUUUUUCUGACUUACAGAACAUACGUGAAUUAUUAGUCUUUCAUUGGUUGAUUCCAUAUUUUAGUGCUGUCUUUCAUAAGUGUACAUAAUAAAACCAAAAAACUCUACUGCUCAUUAACUGUUCUUAAGGCAAAUCUUCACCUGCUGAUCACUUUUUUAAUAAAAAAUUGGGUGCAUAAAGCCAGGUUUGUAUUGUGUCUGCAGUUGCUCAUACUGUGCAGCGCCAGCAUCACAUUUAUAAGGUAUCUUAAAGAUAGGAUUUAAACUCUGAAACUUAAAGCUUGAACAUGAGUUUUCAAAAUGUGUUAUUAACUGCUGUAACUUGGAACACUUGUUACUUGUAAAAGUGCCUAGUCCUUAAA